UUGAUUCUCCCCAGCUCAUAAACAAACACUCAUCCCCCAAUUUUCCUCCACAAACUCCGUCGAGAAAAUCCCUUAGGUUUUGCACAACAGCAAUGGCUGCCAUUUCAGGGGCGGUUCUAAAUGGGUUAGGCUCAUCAUUUCUUUGUGGAGGAAAGAGAACCCAAGCCCUUUUGGGUGCUAAAGCCUCUCCUUCCUCCCCUGCCGCUGGAGCUAGGAAGUUCUCCGUCGUUGCAGCAGCCGCUUCUAAAAAGUCUUGGAUCCCCGCCGUUAAAGGUGGUGGAAACUUCAUUGACCCUGAAUGGCUAGAUGGAUCGCUCCCUGGAGACUACGGAUUCGACCCACUAGGUCUCGGCAAGGACCCGGCGUUCCUAAAAUGGUACCGGGAGGCGGAGCUGAUCCAUGGACGUUGGGCCAUGGCAGCCGUCGUCGGAAUCUUCGUCGGCCAAGCCUGGAGUGGUAUCCCGUGGUUCGAGGCCGGAGCGGACCCCGGUGCCAUAGCUCCGUUCUCCUUCGGCUCACUCCUGGGAACCCAACUCAUUCUUAUGGGUUGGGUUGAAAGCAAACGUUGGGUUGAUUUCUUUAACCCGCAAUCACAAUCGGUGGAAUGGGCGACUCCGUGGUCAAAGACCGCCGAGAACUUUGCCAACGCCACCGGUGAGCAAGGUUACCCGGGCGGCAAGUUCUUUGACCCGUUGGGGCUUGCGGGAACUAUUCAGAAUGGGGAGUAUGUGCCGGACGUUGAGAAGCUGGAGAGACUUAAGCUUGCUGAGAUUAAGCAUGCUAGAAUUGCUAUGUUGGCCAUGUUGAUUUUCUACUUUGAGGCUGGCCAAGGAAAGACACCUCUUGGUGCUCUUGGCUUGUAAGGACAUUAUUGGUCAUGCUUAUGUAGAUAAUUGAGUUUUAUGUCUCGACUACAUUUAGCGAGAACAAAAAGACAAACUGGAAAUGGUGUUGUUUGUUGA